UGCAACAUCAACGUCAUAAAGCCUCUGUUUUAUCCAGACAAACAUCGGGUGCCCCAACGGUGACAGUUAUAUAUAAAAAUAAUUUUUUAAAUAUCUCUUCUUCUUGUACUAUAUUAAUAAUUAUUUUGUUAUAAUUUUAAAAAAUUUUGAUGAGUGUGGGUUGGAAAAGAACCGAUUCGGGUGGAUAUGAGUGCUUUUUGGAAUAUGAAGAACCCAGCACAAUGGGAUGCGUGGAAUUGGCUGCGACGAUCGGGUCGAUUGUUAUUUUGGUUUUGACGUUACCAUUUUCAUUGUUUUGGUGUUUUAAGGUUGUUCAAGAAUAUGAGAGAGCAGUAAUUUUUCGUCUUGGACGACUUCGAACUGGAGGAGCUCGGGGUCCGGGAAUUUUUUUCAUUCUUCCUUGCGUCGAUAGUUAUUGUAAAGUCGAUUUAAGAACAGUCAGUUUUGAUGUUCCACCUCAAGAAGUAAGCUAAU